CCUUACAGAAGUGACUUAGUCUGGGGAUACAGUUCCCGCUGUGGCCCUGAUAAAAGGACCAGGGUCAAACUAAUCUCCAUUUAUAUUGGGGAAACUCAGAAUGUGACAUAGGAGAAUAUAUUAUUUCAUUCCUUAUAUUUCCCUGUGAUGACUAGAGGCCGUACAUGAUAAGACCCGGGGUUCCUUACGCCGAUCAGAUGUCGCUGUUCACAGACAGUACCAUCUACAAGCGAGUGGCCUUUGUCCUGGCCAUCCUCGGCCUGGCCGUGGAGUUCGUCAGCUUCGUGUCCCCGUUCUGGAUCUCCAAGACUUUCGAUAAUGGCACCGCGAUCAACGUGGGUCUGUGGCUGACCUGUGUUGACCUAGAUUGUACCGGCAUCAGCAGCAGUCCAGCUUGGUUGAUCGUUGCCGGGGUGUUCGAUGUUCUCUCUCUGAUGUUUGGAGUGACCUGUAUAGUAUGUCUGUCUGUGUGUAUAUUCAAACCACAACUUCUCCCCAGAACCAGAAGAUGGCCUCUCAUCAUACUCACCAUAUUUGCAUUUGUUGAAGCUGCGCUCCAGCAAAUCAGCUGUGGCGUUUUCCUGAAACAAGUCCACGACUCCCCCCAGGCUUCACCCCCGUUCCCGGAGAACGCGUUCGCCAGCCUGUCCUGGGGAGCGGCGUUUAGUGUCUUGGGGGUCAUCCUCUACGCCGUCGUCUGCAUCCUGCUGUUCACUGACCUGGUCAGGAUAUGUUUCGCAGUUCCUAAAUAACCAUCGGACUAUGACAAAACUUGUUCCAGACAGACCUGUUGGUAGAUACUCGUGUGUUGCUCGCAGUGUUUUAUUUUCACUAUACUAGUCCCCGUGAUAGGAUUCCAACCGGCAACCAACCACUUGUUCCUAGUUUCAUGAUAAAUUCAAGUGUCUGAUUUAGUAUGGAAACAUUUUCUUCAGAAAAAUGUAACACGCAACAGGUUUGUGGAAAUAUUUGUGGACUAACAGUGUCCACACAGAAAUGCGCCGUGUGUGUAUAUGUCUCGACAAACUUACAAAGAACUGUUGACAAUGUUUUUCGAUUUACGGACAGUUAAUUAAAUUUAACGGAGUGAUUGUUUAUUUCAUAUAAUUAAUUAUAAGCCAUAGUUAACGCAAUAAUCUAUCUUUUACAAUAUUUAGGUGUAUACUAAUCUUAAAACUGAAAAAGAAACGUACAUCUAGGAUUGCAAAAUGUAGUUGAUUUGAAAUCAAAUUUAAAUGGUUACGAGAUUUUAUAGUUAUGGUUUCACAAUUUGUCAGUUAUCAUGGAAUUCCAAACUACAAUUAACAAAUAUUAAUUAUAUUUUACGGCUCGUAAACUAUAUUACAUCGACAGUUCAGGCACCGAAAUCACAAAAAAUGUUAUGUUUAAAACUUAAAAGACACACAAUAUCUAUUUUAUAUUAAAGAUACACACCAAUAUUUCACGAUUGAUUCUAAACUGAUAAAAAGUUUUGUUCGUAAAAUGUAGAUGCGUUCCUCAAUAUCUUAAAUUGAAAAGAUUUUGAUCCUUGAUCUAUAUUUUUAACAAUAGUAAAGUAAUAAUAGUUUACGUAUAUGAAUUAUAAGUUAUGUCAACAAACUAUUAUCGACAUAUGUUGAUUAUAGUUUAGACAGCUUUCAAAACUACAGUUAUUUAUCAUUUAUCAGAGUUUUGAUUUUGUUAGAUGUUCAUAGUUUAUUAUAGUUUACGUUUAUUAAAACUGUUCAUAGUUUACUUCAAUUAACGUUUGUUAAAUGUUCAUUAUAGUUUACGUUUAUUAAUGUUCAUAGUUUAUCGUAGUUUACGCUUGUAAAAUGUUCACUAUUUACUAGUAUCAUAAUUUACAUUUGUUAAAUGUUCAUAUAUCAUAUUUUACGUGUAUUAAAUGUUAAUAGCAUAUUAUAUUUUACAUUCGUUAAAUGUUCAUACUUCAUUAUAGUUCACAUUUAUUUAUGUUCAUAUUUCAUAAUAAUUAAAUGUACAAAGUUAAUUCAUGUAUAUGAUAAUUAGUUGUAGUUAACAGCAAAGAUCUAUAAUUAACGGAUGUUCAGCAUACUUUACCUGAUAUAUAUCAAGUUUCACGAUUCCCUAAUCUAUGAUUAAGAGGUUACGAAUGUAAAAUGAAUUUUUAAGAUAUGAAGCAAAAUCUGUCGUUAUCGUGUAUUUACAAAUAUACUUUCGUAACAUACCGUAUAGUUAACAACAACCAAUUUGAAACAGUUUAAAAAAAAACCCAGAUGAUAACUAUAAAUAAAACAAAUUGUUCAUGAUAGUUUACAGUCCGUAAAUUAUACAUGCAGCUAAUAAAACUAGUUUAUCAAAUGUGAAAUAA